AUGGAUACCCCUGUCGAGCAAUUGAGCAAACUAGUCGGUCAUUUGGAUCCUCUGAUUUCUGGUCUCAACACUCCAGCAAUAACUAAGGAUGAGCUUCCCAUACUGAACAGCCUGGCUUUAAGACUCGGAAAUGCAGCCCUGACUCUUCAGAAGACAACAGGCUACUUUACGCCGUUCCGCGAAGAUCCAGCACAGACUAGAAGUUCGGCGCUUAUGAACGAAGCCCAGAGAACUAUCGCGAACCUUGUUGACAGUGGGACGCUGGAGAAUCCAUCUGCUUUUAGAAGGAGUAUCCUCUUGAUAUUUCAAGGCCCCAAGUCUGACAACUUCAACUCGAAAGACGUUAAGUCCAGGAAAGCUAUUACGGAACGCAGGUGCGCCGAAAUACGGAAGCUCAGUCCCGAUGGGAUAGUUGCAUGGGCUGUUGCAUUCAACACGUCCUCUUGGAUCGGAGGUACCAUGGGACAGAACAUAUUCGACUACCUCAUCGACGAUAUCGAGCCAAAUAAUGCACUGCCCUGGCCGAGUCAGAUCUCCGAGACUUUGGGAAAGCUCCAAAGCCACGAAGACUUGCAGAAAUCCGUCGAAUAUGGCCAAUUCCUCAACUCCAUUUAG